CACGAGCGGGAUACCGCUAGCGAGCGAUGCUUAGGGACUGUAAGCGGGCACAUGGCGUAGGAGGAAGGGGUUAGAGAGGGGUGUACACACGGCGACUCACAGGGAAGUCUGUUUCUAUCGCUUUAGUACGUCAUGCGUUCGAGGCUCCUAUUGAAGUGUCCGCGCAGCGCUGUAUUCCUUCUAACCACCGCACGCUCCCCACAGUUUAUGAACGGCUGCGUAUCACGUGACUGAUGCUGGUGAGGGCUUAACAGCUGAUCCGCACUGCCUACUAGCAUAUGAGGCAUUGGACCCUUCUGCAGACCUCGUGGCGCAACGGUAGCGCGUCUGACUCCAGAUCAGAAGGCUGCGUGUUCGAAUCACGUCGGGCUUCAGCCCAUUGAAGACCACGAGGAACAGAGAAGUGACGAGAUGGAAUUAAAAAGCCUGAGUGACAGUGAGCUGAAGGAACAGCUGAAGAAACAUGGGGUCAACCCAGGACCCAUCUUACCCACUACCAGGACCAUUUAUGAAAAGAAGUUACGGCAACUGCUUGAAGAAAAGCAGUUGAAAGAAAAUGGCGGUGGACAGGAGGACCAGUAUUCAGACAGUGAAGAUGAAGGUGUUCAGGUAAAGAAUCUGGUGGACACAGGAUAUGAGCUAAAUGGAGACAGAGUGGAUAGAACCCAUAGUUUUGACAGCUACAGCCAUAAAACCGUUUUAACAGACAAUAAUGCCUCAGCUUCUCGACGAUCUUCUUUACCAAGUUGCCCAGUGACACGUCCUUCUGCAGGCCCAUAUAAACAUGUCCCUGCAUGUAUUGCAGCUGAAUUUAAUCAGACCGUUGCAACACUAGUAGAUGGUUUCAGCGUUUCAAAAGUGUUAAAGAAGAUGGAGAGAAGGUCGUAUGUGGACCAAGUAGCAGGUUAUGGAACUGAACAGGAAAGCAAGAAUUUGAUAUAUAACAGCCAGGAGGAUGAGACCUCUGCUGAUUAUUCGGAUCUGCUGCCCCAGUCUGCCCUAGUAUUGAGUGCUACACGAAGGAAGCCUAUAAAGGGGGCGGCUGGUCGCCCCAUUCAGUUUCGAUAUGAUGAUAUUGCAACCAGAGCCAGAAUGCAGGAGCAGACUAAAGAGACAACCACUGAAGGAAAACCACAACGGCUGGUAUCUGUGCGUCUUCAGAUUGUUAUCUUUAUUAUAGUAGCCUUUAUUGCUCUCGUCUAUAUCACAAUGGAAAGCAGCCCAGAAAAUCCUUUUACUCCUGUCCCAGAAGAGGGGCAGCAACCAUAAUGUAAAAUGUUGUCUUAAUGGGAUAUGUUCUUCCAGAGGAGGAUUUUGGUGAGGAUUUUGGAGUGGUACUUAAUUGUGCAGUAAUUGUGCAGUUUCUGUUCAGUUUGUCUGUUUUCAUGUCAGUUGUUGGCAUAUUUUUAAUAGUGUUGAAUAGCCUGAUUAAUACCAACCCUCUAUACUGAGACUGUUCUAAUAUGUAGAUCACUAGAUAGAAUUAUUCUAGUGCCGAGGCAGUUUAAGAGCCCUCCCAAUUCUCGAUACAGAAAAGAACUACAGUCAGGUUAUGCAUAGUGUUUAGUUUUGCUUUUGUUUUCUCCUGCAAAAUGGUUGCUCACAAGUGCAAUAUCGUUCUCAAGAUUGUAACAUUUGCAAUCUACAGUCAAUGUUAAAAAAACAAAACAAAAUCAAAUUGAAAACACUUAUACCCAGUAAUAUUUGUAGGUAUAAGAAAAAGGAUGUAUUUUAAAAAGCAUGAGAUCUGAUUCUGUUUCUUUUAAUACUGUCCUCCACAUUCUCUUCACUGCAGAAUCAAGGCACGUGUGAUAAAUCAUAAUUUGACUCAAUUGAGUUUCAAUCUAAAGUGAACAUUGCUUGAAUCCUUGACCCAUUUAGCACUUAUGGCAAUGUUAUGCAACACAACAAAGCCACAGAGAUAAAGACGGAUAGAGAUUUUCAAGUUAUUUUUGGGGAUCUGUUUAUUGCUGCUAAUGUGAAUGAUCGUUCACUGUUUUUAGGCACUGGUUUGUGUAUUUCCUCCACACGUUUUGACUUUUCAUAUCAAUGUUAAGUUAUUUGUCCUUGUUUAAAUAAAGUCUGUUUAUUUUGCCUGC